AUGGUCCGAUUGCCUUUCAAAACCGAAAAUCCGAGUGGUUUGGAGGUUCCUGGUUCUUUCGAAUUCGCAAGGAGAAUGCUUCUCAGUCUGGAAAACAAGUUCGAGAGUAAUUUCGACUUCAGGAGAUUAUAUAUUGAUUUUAUGGUAGAUUAUGUGAAAUCUGGUCAUAUGAGAGAAGUUAAACUCAAUGAAGUUGAAAAGGUUAAAUAUUUUUUGCCCCAUCAUGGAGUUUUGAAAAAUGUAGGUAAUAACUUGAAGUUGAGAACGGUUUUCAAUGGUUCGGCUAGAGCCUUGAAUGGUUUAUCCUUGAAUGAUACUUUGAAUUCAGGUGCUAAUUUGCUGCCAGAUUUGUCAAGUUUGAUACUUCGCUGGUUGAAAUACCCGCUCGUUUUCGUUACUGAUGUUAAACAAAUGUUUCGUCAGAUCAGAGUUCAUUCUGAGGAUCAAUUUUAUCAGGCAAUUUUAUGGCGAUUUGAUCCUUCAGAAGAGAUUAAAAUAUGGUUGCUAGAAACAGUCACUUAUGGAUUAAUAUGUAGUCCAUAUUUGGCAAUUCGUGUUACUCGAAAAUUGGCUGAGGAUGAGUAUCACAACUUUCCAUUGGGUGCAGAAAUAUUGAAUAGGGAAGUGUACAUGGAUGAUGCCACUUCAGGUGGUUAUACUUUGGAAGAAGCUCUCCGCAAACAAAUUGAACUCAUUAAUAUUUGCAAAGUGGGUGGCUUCGAGUUGCAUAAAUGGGUGGCGAAUGAUGUUAGAUUGCUCAAAGAUUUGUCUGUACCUCAUGCCGAGGAUGAUACAGGUUUAAGCUUCAGUGUGUUAGGUCUUAAAUGGAAUGCCGGUGCUGAUUACUUCCAUUUUGAUAUUCAGACGCCUCCUAUAAUUUACGACGAGAUUUUCAUAACCAAAAGAUUUGUUUUAUCCAAGAUUGCUAAAUUGUUUGAUCCAUUGGGUUGGAUAGCUCCGGUCAUAAUCAAUUUCAAAAUAUUCAUUCAGAAACUUUGGUUGAACAAGUUCGAUUGGGACGAAGAGUUGCCUUCUGACUUAGCUAAACAAUUCAUUGAAUGCUUCAAUGAUUUGGGGUGUAUCAGUGAAGUGAAGAUUGAUAGAUGGCUGGGUUACAAGCCUGGAGCCCUAUCUUAUGAAAUUCAUGGAUUCGCAGAUGCUUCGAAGGUUGCUUAUGGGGCUGUUGUUUAUCUGCGCGUUAUUUAUGAUAAUCAAGUUAAUGUCCAUUUGCUUCAAGCGAAAACAAAAGUAGCUCCGUUAAAACCUCUACUCACGAUUCCUAGGUUGGAAUUGAGUGCUGCUGUUUUACUGGUCAAGUUGGUUCGCAAAGUUUGCGACGCUAUUGCCAUAGAGAAUUGUACUGUCAAUUUAUGGUCUGACUCGACUGAUGUCUUAUUUUGGCUACGAGAUCAUCCGUCUCGUUGGCCAACCUUCAUCGCGAAUCGUUGCUCAAUAGUUCACACGGUCAUGCCAUCAGCUGUUUGGAGGCAUGUUUCAUCGUCUGUUAAUCCUGCUGACUGUGCUUCAAGAGGUCUAAAGGCAAGCGAUUUAUGUGAUUUUGAAUUGUGGUGGAAGGGCCCUAAGUUUUUGAGGGAAUCUUUUGAGCCAUUUCAGAUUCCUAUCAAUAGUGAUCCUACUUCUGAUUCAGCAAUUGAAGUAAAUUGCUUAGUUCAUAGUGGGGAGCAAGAAGGGAAACAUGGUGUUUGGAAUUUAGUUGUUGGGUAUUCUGAAAUUUUCAUCGAACCUUGGCCCCAAAAUCGACCAAGUUCAACCCAGUGGUACAACACCAGCGAGCAGAAGUCAACAUCGCGGAAGCUCAUAGUUAGGACAACCAAUCAUCAGCAUUCAGGAGGAGAAAUUAUAGUUAGGUACGGAGUUUCUAGAACGAAACUGCCUGCUAUAAUCGCUGUAUCCCCUGAAGCAGAAGAAAAAGAAGAAAGAAGAAAUCUUUAUGAAGCCAAUAGCCAUGAUAUCGAUGAAAGUAUUAAUCAGUAUGAUGCAAACGAUUCAUACUACGAUGAUUAUUCUAACAUGUCCAAUUACGCAAGCGAUCAGUAUGAAGUUACGCCGCAGUUCUGUAACGAUAAUCAAUACUCUGAUUUACCUGAUGAAAAUUUUCAGUCUCUAUCAACCCACCAGGAUCAAACCUAA